GUCAACCCGUCAACACUGCGUUUGUCGAAAACGUCGCCCAAGACUCUUCUCGCGCAGCAAAAAACCAAUAAGGCAGACGCUAGGGAUUCGGCGCUCUAACGACAUGCCAGAAUAGACCCCAGGAACAUGGGUACUCUCCCUGUGCUCGCACGCCGCGCAGCUGCAUGAUCCCGCAUCUCGCCCAGCAUGAGCAAACCGUCCACAGCAGCACUACUGCCGUCGACGCUCGUCAACACUCUUACCUCGCACGCGGGACCCAUCAAUGCAAUCACCUUCUCGUCCCAGGGCGGCACAUACGUCCUCACCGGCUCAUCGGACCGGCAAAUCCACCUCUCACGAACCGAGCCUCCUUCUUCCUCGCACGGUCGCGCUCAGCAGCAGUCCAUCUCCGCCGCUAAUGCUGGGUCUGGCGGAGGCGCCAUCCAGAAAUACGCCGCGCACGGGUAUCCCGUGCUAGACAUCGCGGUUGCGCAGGACAAUCAGACGUUCGCGAGUGUCGGCGGCGACCGCAGCGUGUUCCUGUGGGACGUGGCGAACGGCGCAGACGGCACGCUGAGACGGUUCGGCAGCAACACGAGCCAAGGACACACGAGUCGGAUCAACUGCGUGGCGUUCGCGGGGGAUGGGGAUGGUGUGAUCGUCAGUGGCGGCGACGAUACAACCGUGCGGCUGUGGGAUGUUAAGAGUCGGGACGCGAAGCCGUUGAUGGUGCUUGACGAGGCGAAAGACGGGAUUUCCAGCGUCGUCGUGCCCGGGAACGGCCACGAAAUCGUGUCCGGCAGCGUCGAUGGGCGGCUGAGGAGCUACGAUAUCCGGAUGGGCAAGGUCACGGUGGAUGUGAUGCCGGGGCCCGUGACGAGUCUGGACGUCUCGAGGGACGCGAGGACGGUGCUGGUGGGCUGUCUGGACGGGAGGAUCAGGAUGAUGGAUCGCACGGAUGGGACGUGCUUGAGGGGGUUCCCACCGGAGGGGAAUGUCGAAGGGUACAAGAAUGACAGUUUGCGGCUGAAGAGUUGCUUCGCCGGCAACGAAAGCUUGGUGCUGAGUGGGAGUGAAGACGACGGGAGGGUGCGAGGUUGGGAUGUGCUCUCCGGGAAGAGCGUAGGCAAUGUGGACGUCAAUCCGUCGGCCAAGGUCGUCAGUGUGGUUAGAUGGAGAGAGGGAAGUCAGGCUCAAGGCAGACAAGGUCUCUGGGCUGGCGGAGGCGCGGAAGGGAUCGUCAAGGUCUACGGUGUCGGUUGACAGAAGACAUUGGACGAGCUGAUGUCGGUUCAUCAAAGUGCCCUUCAUGGCGCCAUGUUCAGGGCGGGACAACCAUAGAGACAUGGUGGUACCUAUCUAUCAACUCGAAACGCUUCUUCAACGCCAUA